AUGGCCCGCCUGGGCCAUGGCUGCUUGUGCCGCAGCUCCCUCAACGCCAAUAAUGUGAGCUACUCGGUGUGGCCCGUCGUCCCGGCCAGGAGGGCCGAGCUGGUGGCCGUGGCCAAGGCCAUGCACCGGGGGCGGUUCGGCUCAGAGGUGCAGGAGCUGUUCCACCUGGAGAGGGAGGCGGCCCUCCAGGCCAUGCAGACAGGUCUCUACGUCGGCUGGCGCUGCCCUGAGUACCUGUGGGACUGCUUCCGCGUGGGGGACCUCUCCAAGUGCUUCUGCGGGCACCUCCUACGGGAGCACCAGGUCCAGACGCGUGCGUGGGUGCCCUGCACCAUGCCCAGCUGCAAGUGCCAGAACUUCAUCUUCAUCCCCUCCCGGCCUGAGGACGUGGGCGAGUUCUGGCUGAGGAAGAGAGUUGGCUUCGACCCCUCCACCUGGCGGGCCACGUGCCGCUGCAAACACAGCCACGAGGAGCAUGCGCCCAGCGCCAGCCGUGCCUGUCAGGCCGCAGGCUGUUGGUGCGUCAGCUUCGAAUCCAACUUCCUGUGUGCGGCCUGCGACCGGCGCUGGGAGGAGCACGAGACCUUCUUCGAGACGGCCGAGAUGCGGCGAAAGGGGGGCCGGCCCUAUGGUACGCGCACCCCCUCCGGCACUAGGCCCUGGGCCUGCACUUUGCACACGGGGACGCGCCAUGGCUCCCCCACACUGAGCCCCACCACUCGCUAUGGCUCCCACCCCAGUGGCACAAAAGUGACAGGCCUGGCAGGGAUCGGGCUGUUCACGCCGUCCAGCAGCAAAGGGGCCGGAAUGGGCAAGCGAAGCCUGUACAGGCGUCAGGCGCCCUGGAGCCCAACUCCCCUGCUCUGGCAGCCAGCUCCGGAGAGCCACUCCUGA